UUUCUGUGAUGCAACACAUGUCAGAUUUGACAUUUUGUAAACGUUAUUUGUAAGUAUAGUUUAAAAGAAAGUCUUGAAAGUAAAAUCCACUUUUUUAACAGGGCGACAUAUUUAGCUCAAAUUAAGGGGAAUUAUGUCCGAGUGGUCUCACGGAGAAGAAAAUAAUUUCUACCGCCAGUUACCUAAAGUGGAGCUUCAUGCUCAUCUCAAUGGCUCAGUGAGCUCUGAGACUAUAGACAAACUCAUUGCUCGCAAACCGCAUCUGAACAUCCAACACAGCAUGACCGCCAUUCGCAGUGGUCAGCGGAGGACACUUGAUGAGUGCUUCCAAGUGUUCAAGGUCAUUCAUCAGUUGGUUGAUACUGAAGAGGAUAUUUUGAUGGUUGCCAAAGAUGUGAUUAAAGAGUUUGCAGAUGACGGAGUCAAAUAUCUGGAGUUAAGGAGUACCCCUCGUGCGGAGCCGAAGACAGGACUGACUAAGAAAAGAUAUGUGGAAACCAUAAUUGGAGCCAUCCAGCAGUGCAAGCAAGAGGGAGUUGACAUAGAAGUCAGGUUCCUAGUGGCCAUUGACCGCCGAAAUGGCUCUGAGGUUGCCAUGGAGAUGGUGAAGCUGGCAGAAGACUUCAUGUUGUCGAGCGACGGUGUUGUGGUCGGGCUGGAUCUCAGCGGGGACCCAACCGUGGGCCACGGCAGAGACCUUCUUCCUGCUCUGCAGAAAGCCAAGAGCUGUGGACUGAAACUGGCCUUGCACCUGUCAGAGGUCUCGUCUCAGGCUGAGGAGUCUGAGCUGCUGUUGGACCUCCCCCCAGACCGCAUCGGCCACGGGACCUUCCUCCACCCUGAGGUCGGGGGGACGUGCAGCCUCGUUGAGAAAGUCAGGAAGAAUAAUAUACCUCUGGAGCUGUGCUUGACCUCUAAUGUGAAAGGUCAAACAGUUCCCUCGUAUGAUAAACAUCACUUCCUGUACUGGUACAACCUGGGGCAUCCCUGUGUAAUCUGUACCGACGACAAAGGUGUGUUCUGCACUGAUCUCUCCCAGGAGUACCAGCUGGUUGCCUCGACCUUUGACCUCAGUAGGGAGGCCAUGUGGGACCUAUCCCAGAAGGCCAUUGGUUGCAGCUUCGCCCCCCAGUCUGUGAAGAAGCGUCUGGAGCAGACAUGGGCCGAGCUGAGGCCUCAGGUUCUACAGACUCGGGUUCCAUAGCUCUCGGUUCUCCUGAGACAGAACCGUGAACUCAGAGCUGUUCUCAGGAACUCAACAUCCUCCUCCUCCUCCAGAGACGUGACUGAUGGUCUUGCCAGAGCAGCCGUCAGAAACUCGUGAUCACUACGGGUCAGAUUCUCAGCCAUGAAUGUGGACAGCGGUGCGCCGGAUGGGAUAUAAUCUAGGGAUUCGUUUAUUUCCAGUGUCAAAAUGUGUUUUUAAAUCUCCACCAACAUUCUCAGCUUGAGCUGAUCUACCUCCAGUGGAAUUCACCUUAGAUCAGCUUUAUAUGGAAGUUGCCUGAAAAUAUAUCAGUACUACUACCACCA